AUGGCAUACGCUCUCAACCUGGGAGCAGGAACUAGCAAUUGGGCUGAGGCAGCUUCUCUACGGCAUGGUAUAAAAUGGUGGCUAGAAAAUGAUUGCCAAUACAUAGAAGCUGAGAGUGACUCAAAGCUUUUGGUAGACUGUGUAAAUGGUACAAAUUCCAUCCCAUGGAACAUUUUUGAAGAAGUUACUAAACUAAGGAAAGCUAUGGAAGAUAAUGGAUAUAUCCUCAAGCAUGUUUACAGGAAGGGAAACCAGGUAGCGGACAGGUUGGCCAAUAUGGGACAUGAAGUUUCUCAAUCUCAAAUAUAUCUCAACUUCAAUGAAUUGUCAGAGGUUGUUAAAGGCCUUAUGAACACUGAGAGAUCGGGUAUGCCAUCAACUAGAAUCUACAAAGUGAAGAAGUCUCUAAUCCAUGUUGAUCCACCAUGA